GGAGGCUAUUUUGGUCAGGUGACACAUCACAUGGUACUUGGGACAGAGCAGUAGAGGAAAUAUCGCUUGCAACAUUACUUUACUGAAAGAUGGUCAUGUACAGGUUUAACAAAAGAAGACAUUGCUUAUUUUUACAGUGGUUACUUGGACUGUCUCUCAUGUUGAGCCAUGGAUUUGCUGGUAAAAUGAAAAUUGUCGAAGAGCCAAACACUUUCGGUUUGAACAACCCCUUUAUGGCUCAAACAAACAGACUUCAGCCAAGGGUUACCCCUUCUCCAGUGUCUGGUCCUCAUCAUCUUCAUCAGUUGGCUGGAAAAUGCUUCACUCUCAUGGAAUCAACGUACAAAUAUGAGUUUUGUCCAUUUCACAAUAUCACACAACACGAGCAGACUUUCAGAUGGAAUGCCUACAGUGGGAUACUGGGGAUCUGGCAGGAGUGGGAAAUAGCAAAUAACACAUUUACAGGGAUGUGGAUGAGAGAAGGUGAUGCAUGUGGCACAAGAAACAGGGAAACAAAGGUGAUUCUUGUCUGUAGUUCAAGUAGCAAGCUGGCUCAGGUUUCAGAGCCAAGCACUUGUGUUUAUUCUUUGACUUUUGAAACACCACUUGUUUGUCACCGACAUGCUCUUUUAGUGUAUCCAACUUUGACUGAGGCACUACAAAAAGAAUGGGAUGAAGCCGAACAAGCUCGCUAUGAUGGACUGAUAACUGACCAGGGGUACAACAAUUUGUUAAGAGAUAUUUUUGAAGAUGCAGGCCUGUUGAAAAGUCACAAAGUGAAUUUGGAGGCAACCAAAGCUGUAUCCAAUUUGGACACCCAAACCUCUUUACAAAAAUGUACAGAGGAUGUUGAAAAACAAAGAACAGAGAUUCGACGAUUACAAGCUCUCCUCACCCAACAAAAUAUUCCUUUUGAUCUACAACAAAUUGCUACAAAUGAUCAAGCAAGUGAAACGGAAAAAGAUGAACGUCUAAGAGGAGACACAGGCACUGUCAACUUAUAGCAACAGUGGUUGUCAUGUCAGUAGAACCUUUUUAUAAACUACUGUCCAACUUCCAACAUCAGCCGCUCUUUUCUAUGAUUUGAAUAUUUUAUACUGAUGGAAGAUUGGUGGUUUUAUUCCAAUACCCUUCUGUUCAAUUUCAUCCCUUGAAUCACCUCUGGCGGUCAUCCAACAGUAGUUACAUCUGUAACUCUCAUUCACACUACCAUUUU